AUGGGCUUACGUGAAGAACUUCUUCGUGGGAUAUAUGGUUACGGUUUUGAAAAACCCUCUGCCAUCCAACAGAGAGCUAUCAAGCCCAUCAUUAAUGGAAGAGAUGUUAUUGCUCAAGCCCAGUCUGGUACUGGUAAAACAGCUACAUUCGCUCUGUCCAUUCUCCAAUGCCUGGAUACCCAAAUACGAGAGACACAAGCCUUGGUCCUUUCUCCAACACGUGAAUUAGCUGUUCAAAUCCAAAAGGUUAUUUUGGCCCUUGGUGAUUACAUGAAUGUGCAAUGCCAUGCUUGUAUUGGCGGGACCAAUAUUGGAGAAGAUAUUCGCAAACUUGAUUAUGGUCAGCAUGUUGUUUCGGGUACUCCAGGCCGUGUCUUUGAUAUGAUCCGCCGAAGGAAUUUACGGACCAGAUCUAUUAAGAUGUUAGUUCUUGAUGAAUCGGAUGAAAUGUUGAACAAAGGUUUUAAAGAACAGAUUUAUGAUGUUUACCGUUACUUGCCGCCAGCAACACAAGUUUUACUAAUCUCUGCUACACUUCCACAUGAGAUUUUGGAAAUGACUGGUAAAUUCAUGACUGACCCAGUGCGCAUUCUUGUCAAACGUGAUGAAUUGACAUUAGAGGGGAUCAAACAAUUCUUUGUGGCUGUAGAGAGAGAAGAAUGGAAAUUUGACACACUUUGUGAUCUUUAUGAUACGCUUACAAUCACCCAAGCUGUCAUCUUCUGCAAUACCAAAAGAAAGGUGGAUUGGUUAACAGAAAAGAUGCGUGAAGCCAAUUUUACUGUUUCUUCCAUGCACGGUGACAUGCCCCAAAAAGACAGAGACAAUAUUAUGAAAGAGUUCAGAUCAGGGGCAAGCCGAGUCCUCAUUACCACCGAUGUCUGGGCCCGUGGUAUCGAUGUCCAGCAAGUAUCUCUGGUUAUAAAUUACGAUUUACCAAACAAUCGUGAGUUGUAUAUUCACAGAAUUGGUCGAUCGGGAAGAUUUGGCCGAAAGGGUGUAGCCAUUAACUUUGUGAAAAACGAUGACAUCCGAAUCUUGCGAGAUAUUGAACAGUACUAUUCUACUCAGAUUGAUGAAAUGCCAAUGAAUGUUGCUGAUCUUAUCUGA